CUGCAGAAACAUUCUUUCACCAUUUUGAUGUUGUUUCCUCUCUCAGGGGGGGGAACCGAAAGAGAGGAGGGUGGUCUUUCUUUCGUUUUGCAACUAUUUACCAGACCGCUCUCAACUGCACUGCGCAAUAGUCUUUUGUUUCACCAGGCGACCCCUUGUGCUUUUUAAAGAAACUGGAAAUAAUGUUUUUCUCUCGCAUGCUUUUUUCUCUUUCCUUUUUGGGCUUCCUAAGCGACUUCGGUGUGUCCUGCUGUGAUGAGGACUGUGCAGACAAGCCUGUCUUCAGUCUGCCCAGAUUGGUGGUGGAGUUCGGCGCGGCAGCGUCCGCCAGCUGCUCCGUGUGUCAGAGCGCUUGCCACGACAAGAAGUUUGGCCUGGAAAAAUCAGUCGGGACCGAAAACCGUAACGGGACCACCAUUUCAUGGACCAUCGACAGAAUGGACCAGUGGUCUUCAUCCGCCAUGUGCUACUACACCAUCGUAAAUGGCCCCCAGUGCUGUAGCAUCCUGCCAGUGAUUGUUUAUCAGUACCCACAAAAGGUCCAUUUAGAAUGGAUCCGUCAAGACGGACCGCUGUUGGAGGGUCAACAGUACACGCUGUCCUGUGCAGUGGAGAAAGUGGCUCCAGUUAAAAAUCUGAUUGUGGAAUUCCUGGAAGGGUCCAGAUUGUUGGCUAAGUACGACAUAAAGAACAGCAGAGAGAAGAAGCCGUCUGACAAGGUGUUCAUGCACAACAUCACUGCCAGCAAAGAUAUUAAUGGCGGGUAUUACAGCUGUCAAGCCAAGCUGGAUUUAGGACCUGAGGGGCCACUCCAACGUGUGGUGAAAUCUGGCACGCUCUUAUCAACAGUUCACUAUAAGCCUCAGUUGAGUGGUCCGUCCAAUUUGGGACUAAUCACACUUUCGACUGGAGAUUCGCUUCGCCUCAACUGCUCCGCCGAGGGCAACCCAAGACCCUCGUACAAUUGGACUCUCCCAUCAUUGGCAUCCGCUCAAUCCCCUUUCACUGGCGAUGUUUUCGCUGUGGACUCUGUAACCACGGCGCAUACAGGACAGUACAUCUGCAGUGUCAGCAACAGCAUGGGGUCAACCACUGCUCACUUUAACGUGGAAGUACAGGCCAACUACAUGUAUAUUAUUUUAGCGGUGGCAGCAGCGGUUGUCGUGCUUGUGGUCCUCGCCUUCAUCGUCGUGUACAUCCAUUGCUACCGACUUAACAAGACUGGGAAGUACAACCUGAAAGACGUGUUGCGUUUGCGCCAACCACACGUCGCCUUGCCCACCGGGGAGUUGUAAGACGGAAAAGUAAUGUGUGAACAAAUGUGUUGCUGUCUCUCUCACUGUGUUGUUAUUGCUCUGUGAGUUAUGUAAUUUAAAGUACAGAAGACAAUUAAGGCACAAAUCACUUUCAAUCAUCGUCCAUACUGAAAUUUUACUAAGAGUGGUUUUGCAUGAGUGAUUUUUGUUUUCUGUGUUAAGAAUAUGGCACAAGAGCACACUUUGAUCAAACAUAGUAAUAGUCUGCACGCGGGAUGUUUGCCUGCAUUUUUUUAAAUAUAAAUCCACUGGAAAUGUCAAAGGAUACCUAGGUAUUAGGGAUGAAAGGGUUUAUGAAAAAAUGUAUAACCGUUCGGUUGACCUCACACGGUUCAGAGCACGGGCGUUGUUCGGAUCACGUUUUUUUCUUUGUGUUGCUAAUCAGUCUGGAGAGUAGCACCCUACGAUUUCCACGUUAACGGAACGGCGGACGGAAUCACGGAAUUGGCCAAUAAAAACGGAAUCUACUACUUAACGCGGAAAAUCGUGGAAAAUGACCUAAGGUGACUGAAAUGCUGUCAUCGUGAGGAGUAAUUGUGUUAACGGUGACAAGUGCGCGUCCUCACAAACAUUCAACCACUCCCACUUUUUACUCACCACAAUAGAUCUACGCCAGCACUUCCGCCUGCCUCUUUUUGGGCAAGCUCCCUGCCUGCCUCAAAGGAGCCACCUCAAAAACAAGUGUGCGAAAAAACUACAAAACUCAUCUCUUACCUGAAAGAGCCGAACAGUUACCAAAAGACUUCUUUGUGUCAGGUGAUAGGCCAUUUUUUUUACCAUUUGUCGUCCAAAAGAAGAGAGAAAAGCGCAAUGCCAGUGCGAUGUUAGCCAUCUGCUGUUGACCACCGAUGCCAGGGAUUGUAGUAUCUUAAAGGGGUCAAAUUGUGAUUGUUUCCCUAAAUUGAAAACACUUCCUUGUGGUCUACACUCUACAUCAGUAUUUUUCAACCUUUUUUGAGCCAAGGUGCAUUUUUUUGGAGGCACACCACCAGCAGAAAUCAUUAAAAAAUGAAACUCAGUAGACAAUAAAAAGUCAUUGUCACAAUUGUUGGUAGGAAUUUAAACCAUAACGAACCAUGCAUCAAUAUAGCUCUUGUGUCAAAGUAGGUGUACUGUCACCACCUGUCACAUCACGCCGUGACUUAUUUUGAGUUUUUUGCUGUUUUCCCGUGUGUAGUGUUUUACUUCUUGUCUUGCGCUCCUAUUUUGGUGGCUUUUCUUGUUCCUUUGAGCGCUAUUCCCCGCACCUGCUUGGUUAGCAAUCAAGAAUAUUUAAGUUGUUGCUAUCUUCUUUUGUGUGGACAUUGUUGUCAUGUCAUGUACAGAUGUAUUUUGUGGACGCCAUCUCUGCUCCACACGCUGUAAGUUUUUGUUGUCGUCCAGUAUUCUGUUUUAGUUUACUUUGUAGCCAGUUCAGUUUUAAUUUCGUUCUACAUAGCCAUCACUAAGCUUUAAUGCCUUUUCUUAGGGGCACUCACUUUUUGUUUAUUUUUGGUUUAAGCGUUUGAUACCUUUUUACCUGCACACUGCCUCCUGCAUAUUGUGAUCACAACAAACCAUCGUCGUCUCACACGACGUGUUCCCGACAUCUUCAAAGCAAUUAGCUACCGGCUUCCACCUACUGAUAUGGUAUAACAUGGUUACUCUGCCAAGCUCUAGACAGCACCGACACUCAACAACGGCACAUUAUUUGCAGAUUAUGAUUACUGGUUUGCAAAAAAUAUUUUUAACCCAAAUAGGUGAAACUGCAUAAUCUCCAGUGGUUGAAAAACACUGGUCUACAUAAAAUGUACUUGUGGUUCUUUGGUUAAAUAUUUGUAUAGAUUAUGUUUUCCAGAUCAUAUUCAAACCGCCUUCUGAUCCUCUUCAGGAUGCGCCGUUUUGUGGGCGGCCUUAUUUACGUGCCUCCACUUCGACUGUAUCUUCUCCCCCUCAGCUAUUUUGUAGUUUUUAGCGAUUCCAUAUGGAGUCUACUGACAGAUAAAAGUUAGAACUAUGCGCUACUUUAUAUUAGAAAUGGCAACGGUGGAAGAUUUUAGCAUGCAUGUGCACUUGAACAUGGCUCGUACUUAGCCAGUCUAUCCUCCAACAAGAGAAUAGAAAGAAAAAAAAACUUAUUGCGGUUUUUCUUGUUUCUUGCAUUGAACAAAGAACAGUGCCAGGUCGAAUUCCUUUUGUUGCAUACUUAGCCAAUAAAGGCGAUUCUGAUUCUGACUACAA